AACGUGAGACUUGAACCCGGCGGCAUGGCCUUUGAGCUGUGGAAAGACAUUCCCGUGCCAUUCCACCUCUCCAUCUACUUCUUUGAGGUGCUGAAUUCGAAAGAAAUUCUCAGGGGAGAGAAGCCCGUGGUGAACCAGCGCGGCCCUUAUGUCUACAGGGAGUACAGAGAAAAACACAACAUCACUUUUCACGACAACGGCACCCUGUCCUUCUUAGAGUACCGGCGUUACCACUUCCAGCCGGACAUGUCCAACGGGUCGGAGUCCGAUUACAUCGUCGUACCCAACAUGUUGGUGAUGGGAGCGGCCGUCAUGUUGGACGACCUCCCGUUUGCUGUGAAGCUGACCGUCAGCAGUACCUUUGCCUUCUUCCGAGAGACCGCCUUCAUGAACCGGACGGUGGGCGAGAUCAUGUGGGGCUACGACGACCCCCUCGUGGACUUCCUGAACUCCAUUAAGCCCGGAAUGAUCCCCUUCAAGGGGAAGUUCGGACUCUUCUCCGAGUUCAACAACUCAAAUACCGGCCUUUUCACCGUGUUCACGGGGAUGAAAGACAUCUCGAAAGCCCACAUUGUGGACAGCUGGAAUGGAAUGAAGAAGGUGUCUUACUGGCGGUCCGAUCAGUGCAACAUGAUCAACGGAACCUCUGGGGAAUUGUGGCCCCCUUUUAUGACUCGUUCCACCCCUGUGGAAUUCUACAGCCCCGAUGCUUGCAGGUCCAUAAGGCUUGUCUUCAGUAAAACUGGAAAAUUUAAAGGCGUACCUACCUACCGUUUUGUGGCCCCAAAUACCUUGUUUGCCAACGGAACGGUCUAUCCGCCCAACGAAGGUUUCUGCCCCUGCCGAGCGUCGGGAAUCCUGAACGUCAGCACCUGCCGAUUCAAUGCACCGAUGUUUCUUUCCCAACCUCACUUCCUAAAUGCCGAUCCAUCCUUGCUGGAAGAAGUGGACGGCUUGCAUCCUAGCGAAGAGAAACAUGGGCUUUUCCUGGACCUGCACCCCCUGACCGGGAUUCCUAUGUCGUGUGCGAUCAAGUUGCAGCUCAGUCUUUUUAUGAAAAAAGUCACCGGCAUAUUGCAAACAGGAUCGAUCAAUCCCGUUGUGUUGCCUUUACUGUGGUUCGCAGAGAGUGGAGACAUCGAGGGCAAUGUUUUAGAUGAGUACUACGCCUACAUGGUGCUCCUUCCUUCUGUGAUCGAAUACGUCCAGUACUGCCUGGUCGCUCUCGGGGGUUUCCUGCUCAUCAUGGCGGCCUUCUUUGGUUUCAGAAGCAAGACUCUGAAUCUUUCACGGCAGAAGAACGGGUCUGUUGUGGAUCGGACCCAUUCUGUCCCAAAGGUUUUAAAGGCCGGAUCCGGCAGUGGCUACAACUAUUGGGGCCCUCGGAGCGAUGCUCCGAACCCGUGGAACGACCCCUUUCCGUCGACCGAGACCACUCCUCUCCUGCAAGAAGACGCCAGUGCCAUUCACCACCAGGGUCCUUCCAACACCUAACCCACUUCACUUCCCUCUUUCUGGGUCAAGUCUUAACCAAUACACAGGCUGUGGGUGAACGGGAUGGUUGAAGCGUGUGACACACACACACCCACGCACACCCAGCCACCCGACAACUGCAAAAGCAGCCGCCUCUCGCGGAUCAUGGAUCUGUGGCGAACCAUCAGAGAAUGUCCUGGUGUCAAAAAGGGAUGGGAACCCUUGGGACCCGUGUAGGCACAUGGGACAGACAAGGCAUUUCCACUUUGGCAGGAAAAAGCAUUGAUGGACCAGGGUUCUUCACCCUUUUCUCUUCCGUGUUUUCUGCCCCUGAAAACUGAUGCUUAAGCCCUUUUCCUGUAUUUUAAUGGUAUUUUUAAUGGAAUCGGGGGCAGGCCGUAAGAUUUGGGCGUUACGCUCCUUAUCUACCUUGAUUGGUGGGCUAUGAUCGUGUUAUAGAGCUAGGCUAAUCUAAGUUUGGGCUGCCGUUUAAACUAUCCUUUCUCCCACCCACCCACCCGGCCCAAACUUUGGGGAAGAAAAAAAAAGUUUUCCUAAACACGCCGGUAUUUCCAGAAAGGUUUUCUUUCCACCCUGCCCUUCCUUCCACUCUGGAAAUAAGCUUUCCCCCCCCCUUCCCCUGUAAGCAGCAUUUGAUCUGACCUGUAGAAAUUAAAACUUGGGGCAGUGGGAGCAGACAGUGAAAACAACGCUGGCAUAAGCUCGUCAGAUAAACGAGCGAAUUUCCGGGUUGUCUUCCUUUCGGGUCCAACCCGCAGCAUGAAUUCCUUACUGCCCUUUGCACACCAAAAGCUGUCGUAAUGCUGAACAACGGCUGUCUCUUAAAUGCUGCCAUUUGUGGAAUGUGUGCGGUGUGUUUCGUUUUUUAAAAACCUAACUGAAAACCUGGAUGCCUGGAAUGAAAAGGGCAUUAGCUUCUUCCUUUAUGUUUAACAACACUGGUGCUACAUUUUGGGCAAGAGUGGGAGAGAUUGAGCAGAAGGAAGGGGGUCAAGGUUUGGCUUGGUUUGGUUUGUUUGUUUUCUUUCAGCUUUGGGAACAAUGUGGUAGAAGGUUUUUUGAUGGUGUUUUUACCCUCUGGAGAUGCUUCCAGGUUCAAACGGCAAACUCUCUAUGAUCCUAGCUCUCAGGGUUGGGGUAAUGGUGGCUGUGUUUUUCAUUUUUCUUCCAUGUUGGCGUGGACGGUGCCCCCCCCCCACGUCAGUUAUGCUGAAUUCCAGCGGUGUUCUGCCAAGAGAGCAAUAAAAAAAUACUUCACAUCUUUUGAA